AUGGACCAGAUACUCUGUGAAGCAACACAGCUUCGAGAUUUGCAGCAGAAAGCAGACUUGUUGGAAGCGUGGGUACUUGUUCUGAAGGGUGAAGUACAGCAACAGGUCACUCCUGCUUUCAACACCAGGGAUGAUGUUGAACCCGAUGUGAUCUCUACAACUGGAAAAAACCAGAACGCUUCCUUUUCCACGGAUCCACAUGGCCUCAUUUCUCUGCUUGAGUCUGUCUUUUAUACUCACCAGCCCACCUGGGAUGAUUGCCAACAAUUGUUACAGACUCUGUUCACUUCUGAGGAAUGUGAACAAAUUUGCCGAGAGGCCCAACGGGCUGUCCUGGGCCCCAAUGGUCUCCCCACGGAUGACUCUGAGCGAUUGCCUGCUGUUUUCCCCACCGGCCGCCCCAACUGGGACCCAAAUAGUAAUAGAGGUAAGGAGGCUCUCGAUCGGUUUCGCCAGGUCCUGUUACGAGGGGUUCGAGCUGCAGCCCGAAAACCCACAAACCUGUCUAAGAGAUUUACUCCACUAAGCUUGGAGCAACCUGCCACCCUUUUGGUGGCACUGCCUUUGUCCAAAGAAUAUAAGCUCUUGCCAGAACAAUUGCAAAAGGAUAAAACCUCCAACCACCAAGAAUUGCUAGCUUAUUACAUGAAACUUGUGCCCCAGGUCUGGGCUGAAUCUAAUCCCCCUGAGCUAGCAAGACACCAACCUCCAAUAGUGGUCCAGCUCAUGGCAACUGCCACCCCCAUCUGAGUAAAACAAUACUCUCUUCCAUUAAAGGCACGACAAGGGAUAGAACCUCACAUCAAUAAAUUAAAACAGCUGCCUUGAAAGUCUAGCUGGAAUACUCCCCUGUUACUGGUUCAAAAGCCAGGGACAAAUGACUACAGGCCUGUCCAGGACCUCCGGGAAGUCAAUAAGAGGGUGGAAACUGUCCACGCAACUGUACCAAAUCCCUAUACUUUGUUGAGCCUGGUUAAUCCCCUCCAUCAGGUUUAUACAUUGUUGGAUGUAAAGGAUGUCUUCUUCAGUCUGCUCUUAGCCAAAAUCAGCCAGCCUCUGUUCGCCUUCGAAUGGGAAGCCCCAGAUGGAAGCUACUCUGGUCAACUAACAUGGACUUGACUGCCCCAAAGGUUUAAAAAAUCACUUCCACUCUUUGAUGAAGCGCUGAGCCGAGACCUCCAAGAUUUCAAGGUAAAAUGGGGAUCAAAUAUAAAACUGUUACAAUAUGUUGAUGAUUUGCUAUUGGCUGCACCCACCCUGGAGAUUUGUAAACAAGCCACAGGGAAUUUAUUAAAGACCUUACAAUACCUAGGAUACCGGGUAUCCACUAAAAGCCUUUGCUCCCUGAUGGUGACAUAUUUGGGAUAUAUCUUAAGCGCAGGGGAAAGGAAAUUGUCCCCUGACCGCAUAAUGGCCAUCCGAAAUAUACCAGAGCCAAAGACUAAAAGGCAAAUUCGAGAAUUCCUAGGAGCCACUGGAUACUGUCGCUCAUGGAUUCUCAACUUUGCUGAAAUGGCCCAGCCCCUCUAUGAGGCUACUAAGGGACCAGGGGAUCAAAUUACUUGGACUGAGAGACUCCAAUUGGCAUUCAACAACAUAAAGUCCGCUCUUAUGCAGGCCCCAACCCUGGCACUGCCCAAUCUAGAAAAGCCUUUUACCUUAUUUGUGGCCGAAAACAACGGCAUCGCAAAGGGGGUGCUAACCCAAGAUCUAGGGCCAUGGAAAUGACCGGUGGCUUACCUGUCACACAAGCUGGACCUAGUGGCCACCGGCUGGCCCACAUGCUUACGAGCUACAGCUGCAACUGCACUCCUAGUAAAAGAAACUAAUAAGUUAAUGUUGGGCCAGCCCCUAAAUAUUGUUACCUCUCCUGGGGUAGAGACUAUACUAAAAGCCCCACCAAGAAAAUGGAUUUCAGAUGCAAGGUUAACUCAUUACCAGACCCAACUGCAUGGACCCGAACAUAUUACAUUCUCCAACCUGGUUGCCCUAAAUCCAGCCACCUUGCUCCCUGAGAGUGACCCUGGCCACUGCAAAGUCACACGCGAUUGCCUUGAAAUCUUAGCUGCCUUCCAGGGCACCCGGCCAGAAAAAAUGGGUCAACGCUCGGCUCAUGGAAUUCACCAAGCCACCCAUUUAGGGAAAACAAAGCUAUUAAAAUUAAUUAGACAAUCAUUUCAUUUUAAUAACGCAUCAAAAAUUGUUGAAUCAUUAACUAACCGUUGCCUUGCAUGUACUCAAGUAAACUCUAAACACGUCACUCAUCGAUAUUCUGGAGCUCCACAAACAGGUAAUACUCCAGGAGAACAUUGGGAAGCUGAUUUCACUGAAGUUACACCUGAAAGGUAUGGAUACAAAUACCUACUUGUAGUAGUAGACACAUAUUCUAGAUGGGUCGAGGAGUUUCCUACCGAGUCUGAAACCGCCUGUAUAAUAGUAAAAAAAUUAAUCAAUGAAAUUAUACCCCGGCUUGGGCUACCUGCAACCCUCGGGUCAGAUAAUGGACCUGCCUUUAUGGCACAAAUAUCCCAACAGUUGGCCACAUGCUUGGGAAUAGAAUGAAAGUUACAUUGCACCUCCCGCCCUCAAAGUUCAGGACAGGUUGAGCUCAUGAACAGAACUUUAAAAGAAACCUUGACUAAGCCUCAUUUAGAAACUGGCGAAAACUGGGUAGACCUCCUUCCCUUUGCACUAUUAAGGGUACGAAAUUCUCCAUAUAAACAGGGAUACACACCUUAUGAAAUUCUUUUUGGUUGCCCCCCGCUCCUAUUACCCAGGGUGCCAAUGGAGGCUGACUCCCAAAAACUGCCUGCCCCGAUUUUGGGGGAACUUCAAACCCUACAACCGAUUUGUUCACAAAUCAGAAACAAACUAAAUGCUAACGCUUCCCUUCCAAAGCAGGAGCCACCCGGACCCAUCCCUCAACCUGGGGACUUGGUGUACAUAAAGAAGUUAACUGCCUUGUCCCUCCAGCCCCGCUGGACUGGACCAUACCCGGUGAUCCUCAGCAUGCCCACAGCUGUAAAUGUUGCUGGAAAGGACGCUUGGAUACAUUGGACUCAUGUCAAACAGGCACUGAAGUCAAACCCCAACACCGUCUGCUGGACCGUCCAGACCACAGACGGCCCAACUAAGAUAAGACUAAAAAGACUUUGA